AUGAACAACGAGAACUUUUCCAUCGAUAAAUUAAUUCGGACAACGACAAACCCUUCGUCAUCAGUUGACAAUUCUGUUUCGACUUUUUCUGAAACACAAUCAAAAAGCACGUGUCAAAAUAUUGAAUCAACUGGAACUUAUAGAUUGAGAGUGGGAAAAAACCAUAUUCUCGUGUUUCCACUUUUUGAUCAUUUUGUUCAUACUUCAAAAACACUAACCAUCACCGAUUUAUUUGGAGCAACAAAAAAUAAGACAAAAAUUGAAGCCGAUUCUAUUGGUGAAGUUACAACAAUUCAUGAUGGUUUACACACUGAUGGAUCAUUAUUAUCCUCAAAUUGCAAAUCAAAGAAUACCGAUAUGGACAAAUUCACACCUGCCCCUGCACCUGGGGAGUUAAUCGAUGGACGAAUAUCUAAUAAGCCUUUAAUAUAUGUUAAUGGUGAAGACUAUAAGGUUCAAUCCAAUGCCACAACCAAUUAUUGUGCAGUUUCCAACGAACCGGGAUUAGAUUUGAGACCACAAACUGAUGCCUGUUCAUUUUCCGGUUUUGCAUCGAGAGAAAAAGUUUGGAAUGAGGACGAACUUACAUAUCAUCUUGUAAGAUAUUUUUUUAAUUUUUGAAAAUACCGAUGAUUCUUAAAAAACUAUACGAGCAUACAUAUUUUGAACUACCGAAAAUUGAAAGAUUAUAUUUUAAAAAUCAAUACCUUAAGUAAAAUGAAAGAUUCUAUUAAAUUUUUUUCAGAAAAAUUUCAAUCAAAGGAGACAUCCUGUGGGUAAUAAGGAAUGGCUUAAGGAGUUCGAACAUAUCGAGCAUUUGUUCCCAGAUGCUGUCGGCAAAACCGUGAUGAAAGUAGAUAAUGGAUAUUAA